AUGAAGCAUUUAAAACCUGAUUUCAAGUAUUCAACCGCUCAACUACAAGUUAUGAUGCCUCUUAAAUCAAUAUUAGAUUUAUUUUGGUGUCCAAGUGGAGUGAAGAUUUCUAGAAACUCUCUGCGUUUUGUGUUGAGUUCUCCUCAUUUUCUCAACUCCAUCCCCUUCAAGUACCUUGACACCUUGGCUACUUCCCAUAAGUCUUCACUGCCUCGUAGUUACUCAAUGUCCUUUAUGUUCCUAGGAAUCACAAGGGUCGUGAUUGAGUUUGGUGGUUGUGGCCGGAAACGCCAUGGUAGCAGUGAUGCAUUUAAUGCUGAUGAGCGAAUUUUUCAAAGAAGCAAAACAGAGAGAAGUAAGAACAGAGUGGUUCUGCUGUUCUGGACAUGGAACCAUAAAAGUUUUCUAGUUGUCAGUGCUCCAUCAUCUGCAGGAGAAAAUGGCUUGUGUGAAAAACUAAGAAAUCGUCUUGUCAUUACCAGUAUAGUCAUGGUCGAUCCCAUGUUCAUUAUAAAACAGAGUUUCAAGGCAGAUCUUAACUGUUCAGGGUCAGCAGUGAAAGGUGUCGUCCCCAUCAGACCAUACGAUAGCUGGAUGAUACUUCAUGGUUUGGAAGUGGACCAGACAAUGUCUCCUGUAGAAAGUUUAAAAGCUCUUUCCUUCACCCGAAGGAUUGUUCCUUAUGCUGGUUACAUCUUUGGCCGAAGUUAG